AUGUUAAACUUCUUUGGCGCAACCUUUUUCGGUCAACCCGCCGCAAGUCGAAGAGUUUCACUAGGAUCGAGGUAUAGCUCUUUCUCUCUCGCCUUAGGCUUCUCUGACACAGACCACAGCCUCCCCACCAACGGCUUUGAUGUGUACAUAGGACGACUACCACGAUCUCGCGUGGUGCACAUAUCGCAAGCAGCUCUGAGGGGUGCUCCAGCUCUGCGUGAGAAUGUCACAGAGGGUUCAACCAUAACGAAUACUGACUACAUCGUCUUCGAGAUCGCAAUGGAGGAUAUCGAACAGAGUGGCUUCUUGGGAAAGAUGCGGCCCGUGGCGCCUAAUCCCUUCGAGAAGCUCACUGGCAGCAGCGAUAUGAUGCUAAAGUUGGCCAAAGCGUGGCACCUGGGCCAUAUGCUCGCCCUCCCGCAAAUGCAGAACAAGCUCAUCGACACGUUCAGCGCAUGCUACCGGCAAUUCUUGGAAACUCGUAUGCGAAUGCCGCUGAGCCCUGAGCCUUUCGAAUACCUCCGGGACCACUUGGGCUACUAUACCCUUUGUGAGAAGUUUCUUAUACUCUUUUACGCUGGUCUUGCCCGCCAUGGAGGCGAGUUCCGUUCUGAAGAACUUGAGCAGCUGCCAAAAGAUAUUGCGGAGGAGCUGCAAUACCAACGAGCGUAUCUGAUGAGACGUACGAUUGCGAACGAUCAGAUUGCACAAGGCAAUGUCGAGUUCAAGGUUAUCCAUUACGACAAAACGCUGCGAUCGACUCUACACGUCCUACCGCCAUCCGCCAGAUCUUUUCCCAGGCCAAACACAGCGCCAUCUUCACGGCCAGAUUUUCAAAGAUCCACGUCAUCAAUGUCCACUGUACUGCGCGCCGCACCGCCCCAGCCACUUGUGAACGGCCCACGACACCGCACUCGUCUAUCUCUUCCAGCACUACCAGCGCCAGUCAGACAGCUAGACAGAGCGAUGGAACGCACACUGCAGCUGGACCUAACGCUUAAGAUCGAGACCGAGCCUCGUCCACGUCCACGCUCAACUUCAAUAUCUACAACAUUAGAUCGAACGCCUUUCCAGCGGCGCAGCCCAGGACAGCAGCGCAGACAGUCGCGGAUAGAAGCAGAAGCGGACUCCUCGGAUGACGAGAGCGUGUACGACUUGUUUGCGCCACACUUUCGAUGGCGGAGCGAUUCACAUCAACGUAAUGGGGGCGAGCCCAAGGAAAAGACGUGA